AUCUACUGUAUUCGCUGUAUUCUCAUAACCUAUAACUGACGUUUAUUAAUUUUUUAAUUCAUUGAAUUGAACAAGUUAUUAUAAUACUUGCUAUUUUAUUUUGAUUAAGCAAAUGAUCUUAUAAUUGUGACAUUACAAAUAUAUAUUCAGUUAUACCUUAAAAACAUGCAUAACAUCAAGAUGGAUCUUUGUGUCAAACAAAGAGGUGAACAAUGGAUGAUUCUAACAAAUUUCAACAAAUGCAAGAUGAGAUGUCAAGAUUUGAAGCGGAGAUAUCGGGUUCGGAGAUUGCGGCGGGUCCCAGAGCGGUGAUCAGCUCGAGCACGUUUGGAGCUGCGCAGCAGCGGCUGGAGCGUGUACCGCCGCCGCCGCCGCCGCCUGCGUUGCUGCCACCGCCCUUUGAGCCCGGCGUCAUGGACCCCGGCAUGAUGGGGACAGGCCUCAUGUACCCUGGUGUGUCACAACCGCCCCCGUCUUCGCUCAUGGUUCCAGCUUCGGUGCAACGAUUAAGACCUUCUGGCCCUUCAGAACCAUAUCCAGGCCCAAUGCCGUUCCUCCGACCGGGACUACCAGGUCCGCAACUGAUUCCCCCACCCCCGCCGAAGCCCCAGCCUGUUGUGCUCUCCGCUGCUCCUAAAUUGUACAAGCAAGCUAAAGAUGAUGAUGACAAAAAGGAGAAAGAGGGCAAAAAAAGGAAACGUGAACCAUCUCCCGUGGCGGAGGUAGUAGUGCAGCGUGAGCCGACGCCGCCGCCCGCGCCCGCGCCUCCCCCGCCACAAGACGUAGCGCCCAAACUCAAGAAGGAGAAGAAACAUAGAAAGGUUAUAAGAACAGCAGGCGGGCAAGUGUGGGAGGAUGUGACGCUGCUGGACUGGCCAGAUGAUGACUUCAGGAUGUUCUGCGGAGACCUUGGCAAUGACGUCACUGAUGAAUUGCUGAUAAGGACAUUCAGUAAAUACACAUCGUUUCAACGUGCUAAAGUUAUAAGAGACAAGCGCACAAAUAAAAGCAAAGGCUUCGGUUUCGUCAGUUUCAAGGAUCCUGGUGAUUUUAUCAAGGCUAUGAAAGAAAUGGAUGGUCGGUACGUUGGCAGCAGACCUAUAAAGCUGCGCAAGAGCACGUGGCGCAGCCGAGCGCUGGAUGUAGUUCGGCGCAAGGAGAAGGAGAAGGCGGCGCUGCUCUCUCUGCUAAUGGCCGGCAAUAAGGCGGCGCAGCACUGAAUUUACAGUCGGGGAUGUUUAUUUCCUACCCCUAAAUGUCGUUCGACGUUCAGUGCUAUUAU